AGAAAAUAUAUCUAUUUUCGUUUCUUGCUGUGUUUUUCUGUGAUUAUGUGCGGAUUUAUGAUGGAGAAUUAAAAUGGUGAGGAAGAAAAAGCUGCUGGUGUUUGAAAUUUGUGGAAGCAUGAUGUGGGAUGGAUAAACAACAAGGAAGCUCUACUAUGGCCUCUAAUGACCCAGACCCUCUUGACCCCCCUUGUGACCCCCAGCCUGGUGACCUCAUCGAGAUCUUCAGACCAGCCUAUCAGCACUGGGCUCUCUACCUGGGAGAUGGUUACAUCAUCAACCUAACCCCUGUUGACGAGAGCCAGGCGGCUGCCAUGUCCAGUGUGAAGUCAGUCUUCAGCCGCAAGGCGGUGGUGCGUAUGCAGCUGCUGAAGGAGGUGGUGGGAGGCGAUUCGUACCGCGUCAACAACAAGUACGACGACAACCACACACCGCUGCCCGUCUGCGAAAUUAUCCAGCGAGCUCAAGUCCUCAUUGGCCAGGAGGUGUCCUAUGAUCUGCUGGGGAGUAACUGCGAGCACUUUGUCACCCUUCUGCGCUACGGGGAGGGGGUAUCUGAGCAGGCUACGCGGGCCAUUGGGGCCAUCAGUUUGAUGACGGCUGCAGCCAGUGCCUUCUCUGUGCUGGGACUGAUCAACACGCGAUCCAGAAACAGGCCCUUCUGAUUGCUGCCUUCUUCUCUGUAGGAUGCUGUUUCCCAGCCUUCAUGUGACUACUGAGUAGGGCUGCACGAUAUGGACAAAAUUUCAUACCUCGAUAUUUAUGCAAAAUGUCUCAAUAGCGAUAUAAUAUGACUAUGAGUUCAUACUCUUCUGAAAUUUUAAGUGUAGCAACAGUGAAAAUUGAGCAUUCUUCAGAAAAUAGCAUCAUAACACCAAACUGACAUAGAAAUGGACAUAGAAAAAGCUGUUACUUCACAAAGCAUUUUUUUGAUCAUAACAGAACAAUCAACCCUAAAUUUGAUAUCGCUGAUAUGUUCAUAUCUACAUAACAAUAUGGUAACAAUAUAUUGUUCAGCCCUACUGAGUCAUGUUAGCAAUGACAAAAAAA